CCACAGCCAACUCUGAAAUAAUUGAUUACAUGUUUUCACUAGAAAAAAUUCCUUCGCUUUCCUCUCUGGUAUCAACCUAUGCUUCUGUUGCAGCCUCGGCUCUACUGUUUCGAACGAUAGCGAAAGAUCUUCUUCCAGGUGAAGUUCGAGAAUUCGCCAUUUCUAAACUCCGCCAUAUCUUCAAAUUUCGCUCAAAAGAAGUCACUGUAGUUAUCGACGAAAUGGAUGGUAUCAAGUGGAACGAAAUUUUCGAAGCCUCUGAGGUUUACUUGGCCACGAAGCUCAGCUCCAACACCCAAAGAAUCAAAGUAAUGAAAGCUGUAAACGAGAAGCGCUUAUCUCUUCACCUGGAGAAGGACGAAAUGAUCAUCGAUCAUUAUGAAGGCGCUGAGCUGAGAUGGAAAUAUGUUGUUGUAAAUCCAGACAAGGUGAAUCUCCCAAUGGGCCGUCCUCCUAGAUAUGACUGUCGAUCAUUUGAGCUCACUUUCCACAAGAAACACAAGGACCUGGUGAUGGGUUCUUACUUGCCGUAUAUUCUGAAGAAAGCAGAGGACUUAGCUGAUGAUCAAAGAGUUUUAAAAAUGUCCACUCUCGGCAACUCGCAGCCAAAUCACUGUCUCAGUUGGGAGUCCAUUGACCUUGAGCAUCCCUCUACUUUCGAGACUUUGGCCAUGGCGCCAAAGAUGAAAAACGAAAUUAUGGAGGAUCUAGACAGGUUUAUCAGGAGGAAGGAGCUCUACAGGAGAGUAGGAAGGGCCUGGAAACGUGGUUAUUUGUUAUAUGGUCCUCCAGGGACCGGAAAAUCAAGCUUGGUUGCAGCAAUGGCGAACUAUCUCAAGUUCGAUGUGUAUGAUCUGCAGCUAGCGAAUGUAAGAAAUGACAAAGAUCUCAGACAGUUGCUACUGGCUACCGGGAAUAAAUCCAUUCUUGUUAUUGAAGAUAUUGAUUGCAGCGUGGACCUGCCUGACCGGAGAUCGUUUGAAGAUGAUGAUGAAGAGACUGACGAAAAGCAGUCCAGGGGUGAAAAGAGACUGAGAGCCGCAGACUGGAAGGAGAACUUUGAAAUGGCAUCUAGACCACAGCGAAAUUCUUGGGUGACACUCUCUGGGCUACUCAACUUCAUUGAUGGUUUGUGGUCUAGUUGCGGCGAUCAGAGGAUAAUCAUCUUCACAACCAACAACAAGGAGAGGAUUGAUGGAGCAUUACUGCGUCCAGGACGCAUGGAUAAACAUAUUCACAUGUCUUACUGCACCUUUGCCGGCUUCAAGAUAUUAGCCUCAAAUUACUUGGGUGUUCAUGACGAGCACAAUCUCUUCCCAGAGAUUAAACGCCUGAUAAAGAGGGUGAAGAUAACUCCUGCACAAGUUGCAGAAGAGUUGAUGAGGAAUGAAGAUCCUGAUGUGGCGCUUGAAGAGUUUCUGAAAACCCUGGCCAAGAAGCAAAGCAAGAGGGUCAACGUCUCCGAAAGCGAGGAAGGUGAGGAAGAAGAAGUUCCGACGUCCAAGAGAAUUAAAAAGCAGAAAACUGAUGCGGUGAGGAGGAGCUCUAGAGGCAAGGGAAAGGCAAGAAACAAGUAUUCGGCUCGUUAAAACAAAUUACUAAGAAGAGCUAGUUUGUACUGAAGUUUUCUGCUGUAGUGCUUUUAUUCAAUUGUAAUUUGAACUUAUCGUGUGAUGGUUGAUUAAUCUGUGCUAUCACUACUUUUUUAAAUCACGAUGAGACAUAAUUCAAAAAUUAAAUCACUAUAUUAUUUAUUUCUGACAAAA